CUGGCGAUUCUCCUGCCCUCUCGUCCAAGUUUCACUUUCACAGAAACAGGCGAAGUGAAUGGCGUUGUUCAGCUGUUGUAUGUCUCUUUGUGUACAGGACAUGCGGUAAAAUGGCGGAAGCCAGUAUUUCAGUGGCUGAGGAGCAGUUAAGCUGUCCCAUCUGUUUGGAUCUACUGAAGGAUCCAGUGACCAUUCCCUGUGGACACAGUUACUGUAUGAGCUGCAUUACAGACUACUGGAAUCAGGAUAAUCACCUGAGAGUCUGCAGCUGCCCUCAAUGCAGGCACACCUUCACUCCAAGGCCUGUUUUAGGGAAGAAUGUUGUGUUUGCUGAGAUGGUGGAGAAACUGAAGAAGACAAGAAUCCAAGCUGCUGUUCCUGCUCACUUUUACGCGGGACCAGGAGAUGUGGAGUGUGACGUCUGUACUGGGAGAAAAUACAACGCUGUCAAGUAUGAGGUGUGAUUUAUGCACUUUUUGGCGAUCGCUAAGCAAACUGAGAGGUGAACUAACGUGUAUACGCUCGCGAGCCGUCUGGCCAAAAUCCCAUAGUAUUCAGGCGUCAGAUGUAAGAUUUGAGACGUCACACGUCACGGUCACGUGUUGGAGCUGCGCUCAAAGUCCGCGGCGGCGUGGCGGCGACGUAGCUGAAAAAGGAUUGUAUUUACUUUGCGUCUGAAUAACGUACGCGUGGGUAAACGUGUGGAUAAACGUCUGGAUAACGUACGUGUGGAUAAACGUGUGGAUAAACGUCUGGAUAAUGUACGUGUGGAUAAACGUCUGGAAAAUUUAGUCAAUGGCAGGAAAGAUUAAAGUAGAAUUAAAGUAAAUUCCUAUGUACACUAGCAAUGGACUAGCCUACACAGAAAUUCAGAAACGCAGAAUUAGAAAAUUAUCUGUUUUUGUCACAUAACACACACAGGAAACAGUAAUCCAAUAGCAGUAGUUUUUAAUGGGGUAAUCCAAAAUCGUAGUCUUCCAGGCAGGGGUCAAAAUCCAAAUAAUCAAACCAAACACAAGAACUAAAACAAGCUAGAAACAGAACUCAGAAGUGGUGUGACAUAUAACAAGGACUCCGUGACAAUGACUGAACAGACAGGGUAUAAAUACACAGAUACUAACAAUGAAUAACAGGGAACAGCUGGGUACAAAGAUGACGGGGAACAGCUGAGUGCAAUGAACAGUGAUUGGUACAGACAAGGAUUGUGGGGAAUGCAGUUCCAGAGUGAAUGGUGACAGUAUGGGGAAGAGACCUCUAGUGGACACCCGGGGAAACACAAACCAGACACUGUGACAGUUUUAUAUCAAUAUUUUAAUCAAUAUUUUCAUACGUUAUAAGUUAUAAUUAUAAAAUAUAUAUAAUUAUAGAAAUUAUAAGACUGUAUACGAAAAACUAUGUAAAAAAAUUAUAUAUAUAUAUAUAUAUAAUUUUUUAACAUAGUUUUUCGUUAACAUAUAUAAAUAUAUAAAAUAGGCAACUCGAUCAAAAGAGUUAACCCACUACCAGCCAA